AUGUGCCCUCUGUCUUUUAGAGUUACAGCUGGUGGCAAGCAGCUGGACAGCACCGGUGCAGCAGAAGGAAUCCUGGGAGAGCAUGAGCUCCAAGCCGAAGCCCAUAGGAAUUAUCGGAGCGCCGUUCUCCAAGGGGCAGCCUCGAGGAGGGGUAGAAAAAGGCCCCGCGGCAUUGAGGAACGCUGGUCUGGUGGAGAAGCUUAAAGAGACAGAGUGUGACGUGAAAGACUAUGGGGACCUGGCCUUUGGUGAUGUCCCUAAUGACAGCUCCUUUCAAAUUGUGAAGAACCCAAGAUCUGUGGGAAAGGCCAACGAGCAGCUGGCUGGUGUGGUGGCAGAGGCCCAGAAGAACGGAAGAGUCAGUGUGGUGCUGGGUGGAGACCACAGUAUGGCAGUUGGAAGCAUCUCUGGCCAUGCCAGGGUCCACCCUGACCUAUGUGUCAUCUGGGUGGAUGCGCACACUGAUAUCAACACUCCGCUGACAACCAGCUCUGGGAAUUUGCAUGGACAACCUGUGUCCUUCCUCCUGAAGGAACUAAAGGGAAAGUUCCCUGAAGUACCAGGAUUCUCCUGGGUGACUCCCUGUAUAUCUGCCAAGGAUAUCGUGUACAUUGGCUUGCGAGAUGUAGACCCCGGGGAACACUAUAUUAUAAAAACUCUGGGAAUUAAGUACUUCUCAAUGACUGAAGUGGAUAAACUGGGAAUCGGCAAGGUGAUGGAAGAGACAUUCAGCUAUCUUCUGGGAAGAAAGAAAAGGCCCAUUCACCUGAGUUUUGAUGUUGAUGGACUGGACCCAGCGUUCACACCAUCUACAGGCACACCUGUUGUGGGAGGCCUAUCCUACAGAGAAGGUAUCUACAUCACAGAAGAAAUUUACAAGACAGGACUCCUCUCAGGACUAGAUAUCAUGGAAGUAAACCCAACUCUGGGGAAGUCACCAGAAGAUGUGACUCGUACAGUGAACACGGCAGUAGCAUUGACCUUGUCUUGCUUUGGGACUGCUCGGGAGGGUAAUCAUAAACCAGGGAUUGACUACCUUAACCCACCUAAGUAAAUGUGGACACAUCACAUGAAAAUCAGCUGAUCCAUGAUAGCAAA